AUGUUUGCAUCUCUUCAUGUAAACAUACCAUUCAUCGAGACUCUCCAACAGAUGCCUUCAUAUAUCAAAUGCAUGAAAGAGUUAUUGACUAAGAAGAAUUCACUGAAAGGUGGACAAACAAUAGUGAUGAACAAAGAAUGCAGUGCCCUCAUCCAAAAGGAUUUGCCUACAAAGAGGAAGGACCCAGGGAGCUUUCACAUCCCUUGUGCCAUAGGAGACACAAUGAUUGAAAGGGGGCUUUGUGACCUGGGAGCUAGCAUUAACUUAAUGCCCUUAUCCCUCAUGAAGAAGCUACAGAUUAAUGAGAUAAGACCCACAGAUGUGAUCCUACAACUGGCUGACAAGACUCAAAAACAAGCAAUAGGAGUGGUCAAAAACGUGCUGGUAAAGGUUGGAAACUACUUUCUUCCCGCAGACUUCGUUGUCCUUGAAAUGGAAGAAAGCUACCUCCACCCAAUUAUUCUAGGGAGGCCAUUUCUGGCCACAACUAGAGCACUCAUAGAUAUUGAGCAAGGAGAGUUAAUACUGAAGAUACAUGAUGAACAACUCACCUUCCAUGUCUUCAGACCCUCACAAGAAGCAGAGCAAGAAAAUAGUGAACUAAAGGAUAAUCAUAACAAGACACCUCUAGAAGAAACAAGCAAUGAAACAUAA